AUGUCUGUCGCGGCCAUCCACGGGGAGAAAGACGUUAGGAAGGGAGAAGCCUGCUCCAACAUGCCGCUGGUUGUGCAAAUACGUCAACGUAAUCGACGGCGGAGCAAGCUCAUCCAAACGCUCAAGUCGCAAGGAAGGAAAGGACAAUGGAAGGAGGCUCUCACCGCCGCCAACCUUGCGAGAGAGGACGGCGUGGUCUUCGACGUCUACACGUACUCCGUGCUGAUGAGUGCUGUGGCGCGGAGCGGCCGGUGGGAGGAAGUCCUUGUUUUGUUGGAUGUGAUGCGAUCGGAAGGCGUAGCACCGGAUCAUUUCGCAUUCGGCGCGGCUGUUAAUGCCUGCGCGAAGGGCGGGCAGUGGGAGCGAGCGGUGGCGCUUCUGGAUCAGCGAGCGCUCCGCCUCCUCGGGGAAAUGGCGGCGGUAGGGUUAAGCCCCAACGUUACCACGUUCAGUUCGGCGGUGGCUGCAUGCGGGAACGCUGGGCAGUGGGAACGGGCUCUGGGCCUACUGGACCAGAUGGCGGAGGAGGGGGUCCCGCCGAAUGAGUUCACCUUCAGCGCGGCCGUCUCUGCGUGUGGGAAAGCGGGGCAGUGGCGGCCAGCGCUCACCAUCUUGAGACGAAUGAGGGCAGCAAAUUGCCCUCCGAACGUCCAGACCUACACGGCGGCUAUCGAUGCGUGCGGAAAGGCGGGAGAGUGGCGGUUGGCCCAGGGGUUGCUGGCUGAGAUGCGGGAGAAGGGCGUGGCGCCGAACGUGAUAACGUUCAACUCGGCGAUAUCGGCGCUCGGUAACGGUGGGCAGUGGCAGGAGGCGUUGAAUCUCUUGAGAGACAUGCCAUCGAUGGGCGUGCAGCCAAACAUGUGGAGCUACACCGCGGCGGUGACGGCCUGCGGAGACAACAACCGGUGGGCGAGAGCCCUGGCGGUACACGAGCAGAUGCGUUCACGGGGCAUAAGGGGUGACGAAGUGAGUUUCACGGCUGCGAUAGACGCCUGCGCUCAGGGAGGGGCGUGGGAAAUGGCGCUGGCUCUCCUAGACGAGAUGAGGGACGAAGGAAUUCCGCCAACCGUCAGAAGCUUUAGCACGGCGAUAUCGGCGUGCGGCAAGGGACAGCAGUGGGGACGCGCGGUGGCUCUGUUGCGAGAGAUGGAGGAGGUUGGAGUUUCCCCCAACGAGGUGAGCUUCAACGCUGCGAUUGACGCCUGCGGUAGGGCCGGCCAGUGGAGAGCCGCGCUCUCGCUAUUGGACAAGAUGUCCUCGGCGGGAGUGCCUCGCGGGACGAUCACCUACAACGCCGUAAUCGCUGCCUGCGGCAAAGGGAAGGAGUGGGCGCGGGCCGUGUCAGUGCUGCGCGAGAUGCUCGCAGGACAAGCCAAGACUGAUGGAGACAUGGCACCAGUGCCGAUGGCAGACGUUGUCAGUUACAGCGCCGCUAUAGACGCUUGCGUGAGGGCUGGAGAGUGGGAGGAGGCCAUCUCAUUGGUGGAGCUGCUACGGCGAGACCGGCGGCUGAAUGUUGGCACUGAAGGCGUUAGGUAUUAUCAUCCGGGGGCGCGCGGGCCAAAGCAUUUGACGCUGACGCUGGAGCACUUGGAGUGGUUCGCCACGGCGUUUGAUCGUUGUGACGAUUCGAUUUUGAGACGAAGGGCGCUCGGACUUGUGGACGCCAUACGCGUUGAGUCCGAGCACAAAUAAAAUGUAGACGGUUGUUUUGGGGAUCUUUUUUUAAGAUUGUGAGUUUGCACCCUGCGUGAGAAGCUAGCAUUAGAGGAAUACAAAGCCUACCAGGCCCUUCCAAGUUGGUGUUGACAGUUUCUCGACCUUCAAGGUUGUGUGCUUCCGGAGUCUGCGUGUCCACAAAGGAAGUGGGUGGAACAAGGAUGAGAAAGCUAAGGAUUCUGCAAAGAGGCGGCCAUGAUGCGGUGCAGCCCAAACAAUAGAUGGCGUGUAUUCGGUUGUGGGCUACCAACGACGCAAUGUUCAGAUCGACAAGUAAAUGAUGUCAUGUGUCACCGGUAAAUGCAAAAUCAAUGGCGCGAU